AUGAAAUUUAUAAUAGUAUUACUAUUAAUAACAUGUCUGGUGGCAAAUGCUACAAGUAAAUUUGACAAUCGAAGAAAAAAGUCGGCUGGUGAUAUCGUAGUUACUACUGAUGGUCCAAUUCGUGGUGUUGUCGCUCCUACUCAUCGUGCAUUUUAUGGUAUUCCAUAUGCAUCACCACCAGUUGAUCAUUUAAGAUUUAAUGAUCCAGUAGAUGUACCUGUUUGGACAGAGGUUAGAGAUUGUCUUACUCCAUCAAAGGGAUGUGUUCAAAAUUGUAAUUUACCAUUGGGAGCAUGUCCAACUGAAUACUCUGAGGAUUGCUUGUACCUCGAUGUAUUCACCCCAGCCAAUUCCUAUCUUAAAAUCAAUGAAGCUCCACGUCCAGUACUUGUAAACACUCCAGGUGGUGCAUUCCAGGUUGGUUCGGGAUCAGUCCCACUCUAUGACGCCUCGUAUAUGGCCAAUUCAUCUGGUAUCAUUGUGGUUGUGAUCAACUAUCGUUUGGGUGCACUUGGUUUCCUAGCCACUCCUUCGACAUCUGGUAAUUUUGGAUUCGUCGAUCAGGUCAAGGCACUGCAUUGGGUGCGCGACAAUAUUCAUGUGUUUGGAGGUGAUCCCGACAGAGUUACUCUUUUGGGUCAGUCUGCUGGUGGUUUGUCUGUCGCCGCUCAUCUUGCCUCGCCAUUAUCAUCCAACCUCUUCCACAAGGCCAUCAUCAUGUCGUCUCCUACGACGCUUGGAUUCAAGCCACAAGCAGACGCCUUGAAAAAGGGACUCAAGUUUGCUCAAAAGUUGGGGUGCCCAGACCAAUCACUCGCCUGUCUCCGUUCCUAUGAUGCUAGCGAUGUUUUGACCGCUCAACUUGCCGUCUCCGGCGUUGACCCCACCGACCUGCUCAACUCGUUCACUCCAUUUUCUCCAGUCCUCGACGACCAAACCUUUAUGAUGCAACCAAUCAGCAUCUUUAACACGACCAACUACAACGACGUUCCAGUCAUCAUUGGCCAUGUCAGAGAUGAGACACAGCUCUUUAUCUACCUUGGUCUCAAUCGUACACUCAGUAACCUCGAGUACCAGUUGGCCACAGUUCAAAUAUUUCCGGGUAAUGCUAUAGCAGUCCGAGCCAUCUAUCCAGGUCCUGUGUGGGCCGACAACCGUCCAGUCAUCACCACACUCACCAACGACUACUUGUUUGCCUGUCCCACACGUCGUAUCUUGCGUGACUUGGCCAUCAACUCGGAUCACCCAGUCUAUGCCUACCACUACAAGCAUCUCAAGGAGGCACCACGCAUAUACCCAUGCGAACAAAAGGUAUGCCACGGAGAGGACCUUCCAUACCUUUUCAACACAUACGAAAAAAUGGGCUUUUACGCCAGUCCAGGUGAAAUUGAAAUGUCGGUCCAAAUGAACAACUACUUUGCCAACUUUGUUGUCAAUGGUGACCCCAACAUCGGACUCGAGGUUGACAAGGAUUGGGACCAGUAUUCUGAAAACCAAACGUACCUCUCUAUCGAUGUCAAUGACUUUGCAAUGGUCGAUGUCGAUGGCUUGUAUCCAGGCUGUGAUCUAUUUGAUACUCUUCCAAAUGCCUAUAGUCCAGGUACCAAUCCUCCAGCUAGCAGAAGAAGACCAAAUCCAAAUCAAACUAAAACUGUCACCAAAUCAAAACAUCAAAGAAAAAAUUAA